AAAUCGAAAGCCCGAGCAAAAUAUUGAUUAGCAAUAACUGUAGCUUUAGCUUUAGCGUAGCAAGUCCGUUUGAUUAGCCGUAGACAUGGACUUCACGGGCUUCGAAGUGCGCAAGUGCCCGCCGACUGUCAUGUACAUUCCUAACUUCAUCACAUCCGAGGAGGAGCAGCGCAUCCUCAGCCACAUUGAGCGUACACCCAAGCCGCGCUGGACCCAGUUGCUCAACCGGCGGCUGGUCAACUAUGGCGGCAUCCCGCAUCCCAAUGGCAUGAUUGCCGAGGAGAUACCCGAGUGGCUGCAGACCUACGUGGACAAGGUAAACAAUCUGGGCGUCUUCGAGUCGCCGCAGAAUGCCAACCAUGUGCUGGUCAAUGAGUAUCUGCCCGGGCAGGGCAUCCUGCCCCACACGGACGGACCGCUCUUCUAUCCUAUUAUAUCGACGAUCUCGUGCGGGUCACACACUGUACUGGAGUUUGGUAAGCGGGAAACCGAGGAGGAUCAACAGGCGGCUCCCCGUGAGGUGCUCUUCAAGCUGCUGCUGGAACCGCGCAGUCUGCUUAUCUUGAAGGACACUCUGUACAGCGACUAUCUGCACUCCAUAGCGGAGAACAACGAGGAUGUGCUCUGCGAUCGCAUUUGCAACUAUGAUCUGUGCGAGAAUACCUACAAGAUUGGCGAUCACCUAGUUCGCCGCUCGCCACGCAUUUCCCUCACCAUCCGCAACGUGCCCAAGACGAGCAAGAUGAAGCUCAAGUUUUGCUAGGGAAGCUGGUCCUUCCCCGUCAUUUUGCACUUACAUACCUAGAUGUUGUUGAUGUUGACUAAACGCACGUUUAACCAAAGACCCAAUUAGGUCAGGUGGCAUCCUGGAGGAGCUCUUGUAUCUUCCGCUAGUUGUUUAAGCACCACUCGCACCACCAACUCUCUAUCACGAGCAACCACUCACACAAAAGUGCUUUAUUUUAACGUUAACAUUAUGUGUACAUAUUAUAUAGAAAUGUUUGUAAUCCAUAAGUUGCGCCUUGAUCUGAGGACAGACUCGGGCUAUGUAGCCCGAUUCCACCUGUUCCCCCGCCGGCGGCCUUUAGAUUUAGUUACGCGAGCAAUUGUUGAGAGAGCAAUCCACCACACACGGUCUAGAUUUUGUGAAAUAUGUACUAUAUAUAUGUAGCUGAAAAAGGUAUAUGGAGGAGCACGCUAUGUACUCCAAGCACCCGUGCCCGUCUCCUGUCUCCCGUGUCCAAGUGUAUUUUUGUAACCGUUUUUUUUUCACCGCGCGAAGAGUUUGCAAUAAACGUUACUGUCCACCACA